UACAGCUUAGUUAGAAAAGUCAAGCAUCCAGACAUUUGAAGGACUAUUUGCACAUUAAGGUGACAUUUUCUAUUUUAAAAGUUCUCAAAAAAUUAAGAUGAAAAAGGAAACAAGAAAAGUUACGACUGAGGCAGAUAAGAAAGAUCCAGGAGAUCAAAAUUGUAAGACCAGAAUGACAAAAAGAAAGGCCAGUCCUGAAAAAAAGACCCCCAUAAAAAGAAGGAGGGUCAGUGAGCAGGCUGGUCCUUCCACCAGCUCAGAUGCUCAUGUGGUCAAAGGAGUCAAGCGCAAGGUCCAACAAGAUGAAGCGGGGACAACCAAUACAGCAAAAAAGUGUAAACUUCUUGACCAUAUGAGCGGUGACAAGGGGCAAGCAUCUUCCUGGUUGGACACUGGUAAAGACUGCAGCAUAGACAUUUCAGAGAGCUGCAGUAAAAACCAAAACGCUGGCAAAAGGAAAGCUGCGGGAGACAGGAGGGACCCACCUAAGAAGAAGAACGUGGACCAGGACAAAACCAAAAAUGUUGCCAAAAAGUCAGUGGCCGAACAGAAACGUGACUUCCAAGCGAGAUACGUGGAGGAGCACCGGCUUGGAGAAGGAGGCUGCGGAGCAGUGUUUGCUGGCUACCGCAUAAAAGAUCAUUUUCCAGUGGCCAUCAAACACAUCCCAAAAGGGAAAGUGUACUGCAAAGUGACGGAUGAAAACGGGAAGCAUCUGUCAGUGGAAGUUGCCAUCAUGCUGAAGCUUGCAGCUGAAGCAGAUGGAUCAGUGGGAACAUCAGCCCCAGUGUCUCUGCUGGAGUGGUUUGACUUUGGCAGAGAGCUGAUCCUGGUGAUGGAGAGACCUGUCCCCGCUGUGGACCUGGAUAAAUACAUAGAAGAAAAUGGAGGAUUUUUACCGGAGGACAAGGCCAAGGUCAUUCUGAAGCAGCUGGUUGAUGCUGCGAAGCACCUGGAGGAUAAACACAUCUUUCACCGGGACAUCAAGAGUGAGAACAUUCUAAUUGAGACCGGCUCAGAUGUACCGCGUGUUCGUAUCAUCGACUUUGGACUGAGCUGCUUUGUUAAGGAGCGGUCGCUGUACCGCUUCUUUUAUGGUAACAUAUUCUGCUCUUGCUCUUCACAGAUGUAACAAUUUUCACCUUUUGUUUUAGAAGAAAUUGCAAUUGUGUCUGUUUAUUAGGUACAGACAUUUACUCCCCUCCCGAGUGGUACAGGCGCAGUUGCUACAGGUGUGGACCCACCACGGUAUGGCAAAUGGGAGUGGUUCUGUACGAAGCGCUUCAUGUGGGGGACUUUAACACCACCAGCUUCCUCAAAAAGCGCCUGAAAUUCAAAAGCCGUCUGUCUAAACACUGCCGGGAUUUCUUGGACGCGUGUUUAACCAGAGUCCCAGAGAUGCGGCCGACGUUGGAGGACCUCCAGCAUCACGCUUGGCUGAGAUAAACCCAUCACACACACACACAAACACACGCAAUUCAGACGUUAUCAUGUAUGUGUGAUAUAUGAGGUAACUUUCUUGUUUUCUGUUUGACAGGAAAUAAUUUUUUUAAUUGCCCUAUUUUAAACUUUGGUGUUUUGGAAUUCCUGUAACCCCCCCAGCCAUCCCAGGAAAGGGGAUCUCUCUUUGAAUGGGCUUUCCCGAGGUUUCUUCCCGUCAAUCUGGCCCCCCCAGGGGAGUUUUUCCUCGUCUUCAUAGAGAGCUUGGGCUGGGUCAGGAGCUCCAUCAAAACUGUCUUUAGUUGAUUAUUUUAAGGUAAUCAUAUUCUUUAAAGUAAUCAAAUAAAAAACAGUAAAAAUCUGAA